CAAUUUUAUUCUCCAAAAUUUGUAACAAUUCUUCGUCUUGGAUUUCUUCCGGAUUUACCCUUAUCCAUCUCUGAUUUCUGCGUACAGAGAAAUCCCUGGCAAUCUAUUUUCCUUUUAUUUUUUUAGAACAGAUAAACCACUAUAUUCUACAUUUUGUGUGAACAUACUGGGAGUCUGGAGUAACUACUCAGACCGGGUGCUUAUCAAUAUAGAGCCUUCAAGCUGAUAAUCAAUAUAGAGCCUUUGAGGGUUGGCGAGUGUAAUCCGGUUCACAGGUUGAAGUUACAUAUGCCACAACAGAAGCGAUUAUCCUCCUGAGAGACUCCUUUGAUUGAUCUUACAUAUAGAAGGCUGCCAUUAAAUAUUUAAUUUCACAGUUCAAUGGGAACAGAACUCAUGAGAGUCUGUGUCAAAGAAGACAAUGACGACUUUCCCCCAGUUCCACCAGGUUUCGAGUCAUUCACAUCUUUCAACUUAAAGAGGGUAAAUGAUGCUGAAAGCCAAGAUAGUAAAAACAUGCUUGGCUGUUUUGCCUCUGUUGGUGCUUGUGAACCACACACGAUAAAGAUGGAAACUAAUGUUGAUGCUAGUGAUGCUGCAAAGGUUACCAGGUCCCUCCGGCGUAAGCCAUGGAUAAACUAUGGGAGACAAGAUUGCGAUCCAGAGGAUGACUGUGAUUCUGAGCGACUUGAGCAAAAUUUUCCUACGAGACUUUCCAAGGGGGUAUUCCGAGGAUGUUCUGAAUGCAGUAAUUGUCAAAAGGUUGCUGCAAGAUGGCGUCCAGAAGGUGCUCGAAAACUGGAUAUUCAGGAUGCUCCCAUCUUCUACCCCACUGAACAGGAGUUUGAAGAUACUUUGAGAUAUAUAGCAAGCAUACGCUCAAAAGCCGAACCCUAUGGAAUCUGUCGCAUUGUUCCUCCUCCUUCUUGGAAACCUCCUUGUCCCCUUAAGGAGAAAAAGAUUUGGGAGGAUUCUAGAUUUGCUACUCGUGUCCAGAGAAUUGACAAACUUCAAAAUCGAGAUUCACUUAGAAAAAUGUCGAUUAUUCAAAGCCAAAUGAAGAGGAAAAGGAGGAGAUGCACAAGAAUGGGGGCUGAUUGUGUAACUGGUAGUAGAGGACUUGGUGAUGCUGGGUAUCCGGAGGCAGAAACAUUUGGGUUUGAACCUGGUCCAGAGUUUACCCUGGAAAUGUUUGAAAAAUAUGCAGAUGACUUCAAGGCCCAAUACUUCAGCAAAAAUGCAAACGUUACUGAUAUGGGAGGUAACUUAACUAUGCCUAAAGGGUGCAGCGAGCCAUCUGUGGACAAUAUUGAGGGGGAAUAUUGGCGGAUGGUAGAGAAGCCUACAGAAGAAAUUGAGGUGCUAUAUGGGGCUGAUUUAGAAACUGGGGCUUUUGGCAGUGGCUUUCCAAAGAUGUCCAAUCAAGACUCUUCUGCUUCAGAAGAACAGUACGUAAAGUCGGGCUGGAACUUGAACAACUUUCCUAGGCUUCCUGGAUCUGUCCUUUCUUAUGAAACCAGUGACAUUUCUGGAGUUCUGGUGCCUUGGUUGUAUAUAGGCAUGUGUUUUUCUUCAUUCUGUUGGCACGUUGAGGAUCACCAUUUAUACUCGUUGAACUAUAUGCAUUGGGGUGCUCCAAAGUUGUGGUAUGGUGUCCCUGGAAAGGAUGCCUGCAAACUGGAAGAGGCUAUGAGAAAGCAUUUGCCUGACCUUUUCGAAGAACAACCUGACUUGCUUCAUAAGCUGGUCACACAGCUCUCCCCCUCCAUACUCAAAUCUGAAGGCGUUCCUGUCUACAGAUGCGUUCAGAAUCCUGGAGAGUUUGUUUUAACAUUCCCUCGAGCAUACCAUUCAGGGUUCAACUGCGGCUUCAAUUGUGCAGAGGCGGUUAACGUAGCUCCUGUUGACUGGUUGCCUCAUGGGCAGAUUGCAAUAGAGCUAUACUAUCAGCAGGGAAGAAAGACUUCUAUUUCCCAUGAUAAAUUAUUACUUGGCGCAGCGAGGGAAGCAGUCAGAGCACAUUGGGAACUGAACUUACUGAAGAAGAAUACUUCAGACAAUUUAAGAUGGAAAGAUGUCUGUGGGAAGGAUGGGAUAUUAGUAAAAGCACUUAAGUCACGUGUUGAAAUGGAGCGUAUGAGGAGGGAAUUUCUUUGCAGUUCUUCACAGGCAGUGAAAAUGGAGAGCAAUUUUGAUGCUGCUAGUGAGAGGGAAUGCAGUGUAUGCCUUUUUGAUUUGCAUCUCUCCGCUGCUGGUUGUCAUUGUUCACCGGAUAAAUAUGCAUGCUUGAAUCAUGCAAAGCAGUUAUGUCCAUGCGCUUGGGGUGAUAAAUUUUUUCUUUUUCGUUAUGACAUCAGCGACUUAAAUAUCCUAGUUGAGGCAUUGGAGGGAAAAUUAAGUUCAAUAUACAGAUGGGCCAGACAGGAUCUGGGACUGGCCUUGAGUUCUUAUGUCAACAGAGACAAUAUGCACGUUGCAGAGACUCAUUCUGACAGAGGAGCUGUACUUGAAGGGCGAAAUUCACAACCGUCAGUCAGUUCUCUUAAAAAACAACUGGCCACAGAAAUCCCUAAAGAGAAGCGUAUAAAUUCAAGUAAUAAUAAUAUGAUAGUACUAGCCCUUGGAGCUCCAUUGCCUUCAAAAGAUACAGCGCCAUCAUCUACCUCUCACAGUCCAAAUGAAAUUGCGGGGGCGGGUAAUAACUCUUGGUUCAAGAAACAAGAAACUAUUAAUUUGGACAAUCCAAGAACCUCAGUUUGUCAGUUGUCACAAGAAGACACAUCAUAUGUCAUAAACCCGGUUGAAGGGAAGCCAAUGAUGAAGAAAACUUCAGUUUCGGAACAUUAUGAUGUUAUACUUCUCAGUGAUGAUGAAGGCGAGGACGUAAAAAAUUCAGUUUCAGAUAAAGAGAAAGAGACAGAUCUUUCUAAGAGGUUGAUUGGUCCGGAUGAUAAAGUCUCCUCUUGUAACGAUAUUAAAGAUCCAAAUCAUUCCAAGUCUGUAACUGGUGGAACCAGUGAAAAGGUUGGCUGUUCAUUACCUGACGUAGAAAGGAAUGGUUUUUCAUCUUGCUCGAUCAAUGUGAAGAUUGAACCUCAAGAAAACGAUGGACAAGUGGGAUCUAAUCCACAAAAUCUGUCUCCUAAUGUAGGUUCUCUGGGUCCAGAAAAUGGUAGAAAUAUUCAGGGUUCCGCAGCUAUUAGUGAAAAUAAUGAUCAUAAUAUCACAAAUGUGCGGAAUGAUUCUCAGCACCAACAUCCUUGUGUCAGUGGAAAACCUGAAAGUGGGGCAAAAAGUUCAGCAGAAAAUACAAGAGCUUUGACUGGAAAUGCAUCAUCCAGCCAAAACAAUUUGGACAGAUAUUAUCGUCAGAAGGGACCUCGCAUAGCAAAAGUAGUGCGGAGGAUCAACUGCAUGGUUGAGCCUUUGGAAUUCGGAGUUGUGCUUUCUGGGAAGUCAUGGUGUAACAGCCAGGCCAUUUUUCCCAAAGGAUUUAAGAGCCGUGUUAGAUACAUGAAUGUUUUAGAUCCAUCAAACACGUGUUAUUAUAUCUCAGAAGUACUCGAUGCAGGACGGGAUGUGCCUCUUUUCAUGGUGUCCUUGGAGAAUUGUCCAAGUGAAAUGUUCAUCCAUGGUUCAGCUGUUAGGUGUUGGGAAAUGGUAAGAGAGAGAGUAAAUCAAGAGAUCGCGAGGCAGCAUAAAUCGGGGAGAUUGAACCUUCCUCCUUUACAACCUCCCGGCAGUCUUGAUGGCUUUGAGAUGUUUGGGUUUACUUCUCCAGCUAUUGUGCAGGUGAUAGAGGCAAUGGAUCGAAAUCGAGUCUGUUCUGAAUACUGGGAUUCUCGACCCUACUCUCGGCCUCAAGUACAAAUUCCACAGACUUCUCGAUCCAAAGAAACCGGUGGAAGGACGUCGGAGCAAGGAAGCGCUCAAGGGCCCCCUGACAAUCAUCUAUUGCCUAGCGGAGUAGAUGCAAUACUGGGGGGCCUUUUCAAGAAGGCUAACGUAGAAGAGCUAAACUCACUGUACAGAAUGUUAAACGACAAUCAGUUGACAGUCGGUCGGGACUUGGUGACUCGACUUCUUAACGAAGAGAUUAACAAUCGUCCGAGAUGAUUCAUUAACCAUUGAUCCAUUCUCAUCGUGAUUUUCCCGACCUUGCUUGCUAUGGCCGUUCCUGACCCUGUAAAUACCAUAGUUUCCUUUUUUUCUUCCAAAAUUCACUUGCAUCUCAGGUGCAACCAACUCAAUUCUUUUUAACCAAUAGACCGAAACA